GCUAGUCUGCGAUCAAAAUGAGCGGAAGCACAGGCCAAUCUAGCGGUGGGGGAAAGGCAGGAUCGGCGGCGGAGAAAAAGAAAGGGAAGUCGAAACCGAGCCGGACGUCGAUGAUACUGUGGCACGCCCACCAGAACGACGCCAAUGCAGUACGUAAGCUGCUAGAGGAAGAUAGGACGCUAGUGCAAGCCAGAGAUUACGACCACCGUACUCCGCUCCACGUCGCUGCUCUCCACGGCUGGAUCGACGUCGCCAAAUGUUUGAUUGAGCACGGCGCCGACGUCAAUGCCCAAGAUCGUUGGAAAAAUACGCCUCUGGCUGAUGCUGAAGGAUCUAGAAAGCUUCGCAUGAUUGAAUUAUUGAAGUCCUAUGGUGGUCAAUCUUUUGGGCAAAAUGGAAGCCAUCUUGAACCAAGACCUGUUCAACCACCUCUGCCAAAUAAAUGUGAUUGGGAGGUUGAUCCUUCAGAGUUGGACUUCUCAAACUCAGUUGUUAUUGGGAAGGGGUCGUUUGGUGAGAUAGUAAAAGCUUAUUGGCGUGGAACUCCUGUUGCUAUCAAACGCAUUCUUCCAAAUCUUUCAGAUGAUCGCAUGGUGAUUCAAGAUUUCAGGCAUGAGGUAAAUUUGUUGGUGAAACUUCGUCAUCCAAAUGUGGUGCAAUUUCUUGGAGCUGUUACUGACAAAAAACCUUUGAUGUUAAUUACAGAGUAUUUAAGAGGGGGUGAUCUUCAUCAGCAUCUGAAGGAAAAAGGUGCACUUAGUCCAUCAUUGGCUAUCAAUUUCGCAAUGGACAUUGCUAGAGGCAUGGCUUAUCUUCACACUGAGCCAAAUGUUAUUAUUCACAGAGAUCUAAAGCCCAGGAAUGUCCUUCUUGUCAGUUCCAGUGCAGAGCAUCUUAAAGUUGGAGAUUUUGGAUUAAGCAAGCUCAUUCGCGUUCAAAAUUCUCAUGAUGUAUACAAAAUGACAGGCGAAACUGGGAGCUAUCGUUACAUGGCACCCGAAGUUUUCAAGCACAAGAAAUAUGACAAAAAGGUGGAUGUUUUCUCCUUUGCGAUGAUAUUAUAUGAGAUGCUAGAAGGUGAUCCACCAUUGUCUCACUAUGAAGCCUAUGAAGCAGCUAAACAUUUAGCAGAAGGCCAUAGACCUGCAUUCCGGGCCAAAGGAUUUGUACCUGAACUGAAAGAGCUGGUUGAUCAGUGCUGGGCAAUGGAUAUUAACAAGAGACCUUCUUUCAUAGAGAUAUUGAAGAGACUUGAAAAAACCACACCUAAAUAAACAUUUACUCCACAGGUCUACAUUCAUUCAUUUAAUUUUAUAUUUCAUAUAUCCUUUAUUCAAAUGUGCAGAGGCAGUGUGGUCUGGUGCAUGCAUUCAACCACUUGAGCUAGCAUACUUCAUGUCUUAGGUAGCCCUCACCUUCACCUGUAAUUAUAUGCUAUUUGUAUUUUCACAUUGUGAUAGAACCAAUAAAUUUCUAUAGAAUAAUAAUGUUUCCAUCCUAGUA